AUGCGCUUGAAGCGUCUUUGCACCCCAACCGGGGCAGGGAAGAUGAAUGUGCCUAAAGAGGUCUUUGACCAGUGGCAGCAGGGCAACCGUGAAGAGCUGCAGCUCGCUUUGGUGAAAGCGUUGAAAACGCACGGCUAUAAGGAUGACGGUGCCACUCGCAAGUUGGUUCGGGGGGAGUUUUGCACCCAAAUGUUCAAGCUCAAGGAGAUGAAGACUCAGAAGGACGAAGAAUUGGAAGGUGGCUGGUACACGGAAGAACGCAUGGAGCGCGACCUGGGCUACUCCAAGAAGUUUCGCUAUGACGAGAGCAUUGAAGAGUUUUUUGUCCAGACUGCAGACACUGUGAAAGUCAAGAAGUCGCAGCUGGAAGGCUACAAAGAAGUGGGCAUGGGGGACUCUGAGGGUAUGCCUGAGCUCGAGCGUGGGGCCUUGGUGGAGCUGCCCAAGGAGACGGCUCCUGGAUCCCAACCUGUCAACUCUGUCGGAGACUUGAAGCAGCAGCUGGACAAGUUCACAGAAUCCCUGCACCAGAAGGCUGCCCAGGUGACCGCGUGGAUCCUGAACCUGAAUACCUCACCUUUGGAUCGGGCGAAGAAGCUCGUGGAGAAUGUGAGCGAUGACAAGAGCAAGUGGUUCAUCACCAAAUUUCAGGCCGCCAAAGAGAAAGCCCGGAAACCGUGCGUGGCAAUCAUGGCGAAGGAACAUGUGUAUAGGUUGCUGGCGGCAGAAGUGAAGAGCAACAAGCGCAAGGCCGACGCGGAUCCUCCCGGUGAUGAAGCCCUUGACGACGCCCAAGGUGCACAGAAGGGAGCGCCGGCAGUGCAAGUUGCAGAGCGCGCACAAGCUAUCUUAGAUGAUGAUGCAGCCAACGGCUUUGCGCGGAAGGACCGCACCUUGCAGCGCUUGGCUCGGGCUGGAGCUGCACAUUCUGCGAGAGACGUCUUUGCCGCCUUGAAAGAUGCUGCGUUGAAAGUGUCGAUGAAAAUUUCAUAUGUGAGCUUGGGCCAAGCCAGAGAACACCCAAUGAUUCUGCCAAGUGACUUCGUUUUGGCUUUGACCCAGAGGAACCGGCUGGCCUUACUCCUCCCGGACACAACUCUGGACUCCAGCGCGUGUGUUUUAGAAGAGUAUUGGAGGCGCUUCAAGCUCCAAUUUGGUGCUGACCAUGACGUGUUCUCCCAUGUCCCUCCGGAGCACCUCUCGAGCUGCGUUCCAAUCAAAAUCCAUGGCGAUGAAGGGCGGAGCAAGAAGAAGAUGCCCACCAUGCUGCUGAACUUUCAGCCCAUCUUGGGUGCUGGCACAAGCAAGUCAGUAUUGCGGAGCAAGCGGGUGCAAGGAGAGAGCAUGAAGCUCAACAUGCUGGGAAACCCAGAAAUGACAAGGUUCCUGUGCCUGGCUGCCCUCAAGGAGACUUAUGAAGAGGAUGACGCGGUCCUCCCCGAUGCCAUGAAAAUCAUUGCGGAAGACCUGCAUCGGGCCCUUACACAAGGCAUUGACCUACCAGGUGGCCGCAAGCUGCGCUUGGCAUGCACUUCCGUCAAAGGAGAUUGGCCAUUUUUGAUAGCUGCCGCCGAUCUCAAUCGUCAUUUCAGGUUGGCAGAAGGGUUCAACGACAACUUUGCUGUGCGACGCUUGUUCUUUGAUCUCGUAUCCAUGCAUGUUCUUUGUUCCGCGGUUUUGGUUGGUAAGUGCGUCCCGAGUUCAAUUGCUGAGGAAUUCCUUGAAAGUGCUUUGAUGCAGCCUGAUCGCGCGGAGCUGGUGCUGCUUGACAGGCGCCUUGCCUUGAUAUUGCUUGUGGCAAAAAGCAUAAACUCUUGCAUGCGCAAGCUGUAUGGCGCUGGCGCUUGGCUCCGAGACGAUGAAGCCGCUGGCAUUGCUGCUGAUGGGCUGUGUGCCUGCAGAGGCUACAGGGCAUUGGCGACAGAAUCUCUUGAACGUGGUGAGCCCCGCUUCCCUCUACAUUCGAAAUUCCACAUGCUUGUGCACACCUUCCGUAACAUGGAGCUGGAUGCAAGGAAGUUGACCUGGCAGGAGUCGCCGAUGUGUGACAACUGCCAGAUGGAUGAGGGCUUUGUGGGGCAACUUGCCCGAUACAGCCGACGUGUUUCACCAAAGUCAACCAUCCACAGGAUGUUGGAUGUAUACUUGACGUCUCUAUGGCGGUUGUGGCGGACUUGA